AUGUCAUCUGAGCGCCGAAGUCAACGUACCUCCAGCGCUACCAACUCCUUUAGAGCAUUUGAUGACGAUGACGAUGAAGCUUUCGAGGCGAUGUUGAGAGCUGGAGAUCCAGGAGCGGAUGAGGAGGACACACCGCUUGACCCUUCUGAGAUCCCCACGGUUGUCCAUCCUUCUGUAGAACAGAUCGUCUAUAGACGCCCAGUCAUACCUGAUGACGAGCCUGAGCCGGGUGAGGACUUCCGGUAUAUGUGUAAAUUGAAGGGCCAGAGCUACUUGCAUCUAGUGUCGUUGAAAGAGUCAGAACUUAACGAGCAUCGAGGUACUAAGCAGAAGCUUGCCAACUUCAAGCGUCAAUUGGAGAAGCGUGGUUCCGUUACAGGAGCUACACCGCCAGAAACAGACGAUGAUAGUGAUGCGGGAACGCAUCACUACAACCCUCAUUACGAUGUGAGGUAUCUCGAGGUUGAGCGCGUUAUUGACACUACUGAUCUUUUCGCGGCUGUUUAUCCUGCUAGAGCUGCAGCACUUGAGAGGACGUCGUGGCAAGCAUACUGCCUGAAGAUAGUAGCAUCCUUGAUGUGUCUGGACAUAAGAGGAGUGAAGUAUGCUGAUUGGUUCCUACGACCGAUAGACCCGGACCGGCAUGGCUUGCCCGACUACUACCAGCUCGUCGCUGAGCCUAUGGACUUGACAACAAUACAAGUGAAGCUUUAUCUGAAUGCAUACAGUGGACCUCAGGAUUUUUGGGCGGACGUACAAAAGAUCGCCAACAACUGUCAAUACUAUAACGCGCCUGACUCGGACGCCUGUAUAGAGAUGGGCAUGCUUAAGGCGCUCUUCGACAAACUGUAUCGAGAAUGGGCGGCCUUGUCUAGACAGCCGGGUGGAGUUGAGGGCAAGAAGGCCGAGCUGGAAGCAGGAGGACAUAAUGGGAAGGGGAUAUCCACAAUACCUCGCAAUUUGAACUGGCAUUGGAGUGAUGGUGUACAGCCCGACGCUGAGGAGGUUUUGAAGGACUUUACCUUCGAGAGGUUAUUGAAUCUAGAUGGACCCUGUCGGAUGUACUGCGUGAAAUGGCGAGGGUUGGGGUACGAUGAAGCUACGUGGGAGCUCGAAGAAGACUUGCAGACUAAGCAAGCACGAGCUGCAAUAACCAAUUUUCAUAAGUUUUCGAGGGUGCCGGAUUAUGUUCAGAAUCCCCAGGCUGGACCAGCUGCUACUAUGGAGACGGUGACUCCUCAACUGGUGAGGGAGAUGGAGAUAUGGACCCGAGCAGCUGCUGAUAAUCUGGUGUUUGAGGGCGCUGGUCAUGAGGUGCACUUCAGAGAGAUGCCUCCUCAGCUGAUUGAACGCCUUCCGGCUUUGUCAAGGUAUAUAUGGGCCAGGAACUCGAGCUCCAUUGAAGGCGUUGAAGCCGGGCAGCACCAUCUCAAGCGUUGGAGCAUCAGAAAAACUGAAGAGCGUUGCAAGCGGAGAAGAGGAGGGCUGCAGAAGUUCAAGUGGAAACGAUCAAGAAUAUGGUCUUGCUCGGAUAGCGUGGCCGGUGUUGCUCAAUCAACUGGCGAAUAA